AUGAGUGUUAUACGAUCGGUCGGAGAUGAAGGGAAAGGUCAGGUGACUAAAGGACGACGUGGCGGUACAUCAGGUGCAUCUGAAGUGAUGAAAAUAAUUCGAACGAUAAAAGAACGAGACAUGGUGCCUUGUAUCAUAUUCUCGUUCAGUCGUAAGGAAUGUGAAGCAUAUGCCACACAGCUGAAAGACGUUGAUUUUAAUGAUGGUUCGUUGCAGUAUUUUACUUGGGUUGAUUUCACGAAGAAAUCCAAGAAAGUAAUAAAAGAAAUCUAUACGAACGCGAUAAGUUUGCUGUCGGAUGAAGAUCGAUUGCUACCGCAAAUCGGACAAGUUCUACCGUAUCUGUUGCGUGGUAUUGGAAUUCAUCAUUCGGGUUUAUUGCCUAUUGUCAAAGAAGUCAUUGAGAUACUGUUCGGUGAAGGACUUCUGAAGACAUUGUUCGCCACUGAAACAUUCGCAAUGGGUUUAAAUAUGCCUGCACGUACGGUUCUCUUCACAUCUGCACGUAAAUUCGAUGGAAAAGAUUAUCGAUGGAUAACGUCGGGUGAAUACAUCCAAAUGAGUGGACGAGCGGGUCGCAGAGGAAAAGACGAUCGUGGUCUGGUUAUUCUCAUGGUAGAUCAGCAGAUGGGAGCAGAUAUCGCUAAACAAAUCAUCAAAGGAACCGCAGAUCCGUUGAAUUCACAGUUUCGAUUAACCUAUAACAUGGUAUUGAAUCUACUCCGAGUGGAAGGAAUCAAUCCUGAAUUUAUGCUCGAAAAUUCGUUUUACCAGUUCCAAAACUAUGACGCAUUGCCGCAACUCUACGAAAAUGUGAAGAAGAAAGAAGCAGAACUGAAGAAGACAGUAAUUGAUCGAGAAAUCGAAAUAGCUGGUUAUUAUCAGCUGGAAAAACAGAUUGUGUGCAUUAAAGAGUCGAUUAGAGAAGCAGUAAUGAAGCCGUCUGUUGUGGUGCCAUUCUUGCAAACCGGCAGAUUGGUUUAUGUAAUUUUUGAAUUCCUUUACUGA